CCCCGAGACUACGACCUAGUGACGUCAGACGUCCUGUCCCGGCUUCAUCUUCCACCAAUCAUCCCCCGUCCGGCUUGCAGUGAGUACAGACAGAAAAUGGCAAAGGUUUCUGAUAUGUUCGAUGUGACCUGGGAAGAAAUGCGUGACAAGAUGAAAACUUGGCGGGAGGAAAACUACAGGAACAGCGAGCACAUCAUUGAAGUUGGUGAAGAAUUGAUAAACGAGCACGCAGCCAAACUCGGGGACGAUAUAUGGAUAAUACAGGAACAAGUGAUGAUUGCUGCCCUUGAUUGUGGCCGUGAUGACAUUGCGAUGUCUUGUCUGCAAGAACUAAGAAGACAGUUUCCUGGCAGCCACAGGGUGAAGAAACUCACUGGCAUGAGAUUCGAGGCCAUGGAGAGGUAUGAUGAUGCUCUCCAGAUAUAUGACAGGAUAUUACAAGAAGACCCAACCAACACAGCGACAAGAAAGAGGAAGAUUGCCAUUCGCAAAGCCCAGGGGAGGAACGCCGAGGCGAUCCGAGAGCUCAAUGAGUAUCUGGAACAAUUUGUAGGUGACCAAGAAGCUUGGCACGAACUGGCGGAACUUUAUAUCAAUGAACUUGACUAUGCAAAAGCUGCGUUUUGUCUGGAGGAGCUCAUACUGACGAACCCACACAACCACUUCUACUACCAGCAGUUUGCUGAAGUGAAAUACACUCAAGGUGGACUUGAAAAUCUUGAACUGGCUAGAAAAUAUUUUUCCCAGUCUCUGAAGCUGAACAACCACAAUAUGAGAGCCUUGUUUGGUCUUUAUAUAUCCUCAAUCCACAUUGCAUCUAAUCCUAAAGCCAGCGCAAAAAUGAAGAAGGACAAUGUGAAAUUCGCCACCUGGGCUGCCAAUCAAAUCAAAAAAGCUUACCAGCUUGCAGGCCGCACCAUGACAGACUCGCAGAUGUCGCUGAAGGCGGUAGAGAACAUGCUGGAAACAUUACAGAUAACGCAGUCCUAAAACCUCAGCGCUGCAACCUGACCAAAUCCGUUCAUCCUCCCAUCUACAGAGCAGAGGGCACCCGUUGGCUGGACACGGUGGAAGCAGAGGGAUUGUGAGACUUGCAUCCAAUCACUAGGAGCCAAUGACAUUGUCGCGUCUUGAAGAUGAUCUCAAUUCUUUUUUUUUUUUUAGAACUUAUUUUUCUUGGUUUUACUUGAGGUAAUUAACAGACUGUAUAUUUACAAGGCCUUUUGAAAGUGACUGCAAAUCAGGGAGCCAUAUUUCCUAGAACUUCAUACAACAGUAGUAUGAAGAGGGUGAAAGUAUGAUUUUUAAGUGAGUUUUGAAUCACAUUUACCCAUCGUUUAUUUAAUUAAAACUCGCAAUUUUCAUUAAAACUUUGUUUGCGCCCCCAA